AUGGCUGCCGCAGUGGCAAACGGCGACCCCACCGCCGCCCUCGAUGAAUUCAAGCCUCCCUCCGGCGUCGUCCUCCCUCCCCGCGAAAUCCGCAACGUCCUCGAAAAGACAGCCGGCUACGUAGCGCGAAACGGCCCCGUAUUCGAAGACCGCAUACGAGAAAAGGAAGAACAGAACCCCAAGUUCAGCUUCCUCAACCCCCAGGAUGCCUACCACGCCUUCUACCAGUGGCGGCUCGACGAGAUCCGGGCCGGACGCGGCACUGCCAUCGCCGCGGGUCGCGCGGGCGAGGGAGCGGCAGCGGCCGUGGAGAAGAAACCCAACGGACCUCCGAAACCGCCGGAUUUUGAGUUUUCGGCUCGGAUGCCCAGACUAAACCAGAAGGAUCUAGACGUGAUUCGAUUGACGGCCAUGUUCGUCGCGAGAAAUGGGAGACAGUGGAUGACGACGUUGGCGCAGCGCGAGGCGGGGAACGCGCAGUUCCAGUUUUUGAUCCCGAGUCAUACGUUUCACAAUUUCUUCCAGCAUUUGGUCGACCAGUAUACGACGUUGAUUCGGGCCCACGGGCUGGCGGGUGAAGGGGGCAAGGUAAAGGACGAGCGCGUUGCCGAGCUGAAGAAGAAUGUUGAGAAUAAGUAUCACGUUCUUGAGAGGGCGAGGCAAAGGGCAGAGUAUGCAAAGUACGAGCAGGCGGAGAAGGCGAAGAAGGAGGAGGAAGAGGCGGAGAUGAAGCGCAAGUUUGAAAGGAUAGAUUGGAACGACUUUGUGGUUGUCGAGACGAUUACUUUUACGCAAUCAGAUUCCACGGCGAACUUACCUCCCCCGACAACACUCUCGGACCUUCAGUACGCGUCUCUCGAGGAUAAGAAUAAGCGAUCCAUCGCGCCUAGUAUGCGCAUCGAAGAGGCGAUGCCGACAGAUGAAGAAAUCCCAGUCACUACUCCCGCUGCGAUGCCCCAACCCUUCCCUCUCCCCGUGCAUACGGGCUACGCUCCUCACCACGUUCCAUCUCCCGCUCCGCAAAUCCCACACUACCCCGCCGGUCCGGCCGCAUACCCCAGCGCCAUGCCGGUCUCUACACCAACACCACCUACAGUAUCGUCUCUACCAGUUCCUCCAGUCGGCGGUCGCCGUGUGACCGAAGAGGACGAGGAAGAGAGGAGGAUACGGGAGAGGGCGGAAGCUCGCGAGCGCGCACAGCAGGCGCAGGCGAGCGCGGUGGGUGGCGCCCCGAUGAAGAUCAAGGAGCACUACGUGCCGAGGGCAGCGCAACGCGGUGCCGCCAAAGCCGGCGGGCCGUCAGCAUUGUGUCCUAACUGCAAGCAGAUGAUUCCGCUGAAUGAGAUGGAGGAACACAUGAGAAUUGAACUCCUCGACCCGAGGUGGAAGGAACAAAAGGCCAAGGCCGAAGCUCGCCACCUCAUAACGGAUCUCUCGCAGGUCGAUGUAGCACACAACCUCAAGCGAUUGGCGAGUCAGCGGACGGACGUGUUCGACGGGGUCACGGGCGAGCCCAUCUCGGAAGAGGAGCAGGCGCGGCGCAAGAAGGCGGCUAUUCAUAGCUUCGAUGGGAAUCCGGAGGGGAAGAGCCAGGCGCAUAUCAGUCAUCUGCAGAGGAUGACGAUGGAGGAGCAGAUUAAGGCCAUUCAUGAUAAGUUUGGUGGUGGGGGUGGGGAUAAGUAG